CAGUCUAGGGAAUAAACAACCUAACUAGAUCACCUUGAAUGACUAGACUUUGGCUAGACAAACCUGAAUUACGACAUCGCACUAAUUCUGAGAUGGCCACCAACGAAAAAUGGGAACCACCUCGAUAUCAAGUUGUUAAAACAGAAGCCACGGAAAACCAGACAUCAGAUACCAUUGCAGCAUCUGGCUUUGGUGUCGGUUCACAAGCACAAGAUGCUUUAGAACCAUAUGAUCGCAAUGCCGAUCCAUCAAGGAAAGAAGUUUCGAAUAAUGGCGAAGAUAUAUCAGGAGAUUUACGAAUUGUUUUGAUCGGGAAAACUGGAACAGGCAAAAGCGCCACGGGAAAUACUCUGCUUGGUGAGAAUGUCUUUAAAUCUAAAGGAAGUUCCAAGUCUGUUACCACGGAAUGCACGGUUGUACAGCGAAACAGAUUUGGCAAAAAUCUUGUGGUCGUAGACACUCCAGGGUUUUUGGACACCAAUAUGUCCCAAGAAGAACUUGUGAAACAGCUCGUAUCUUGUACCUGUUUAACCUAUCCCGGGGUCCAUGCUCUCCUCCUUGUGCUUCAGGUGGAGCAUAGAUACAUCGACGAAGAUAAAAGGGCAAUUGAGUUAGUGAGAGAGCUAUUUUGCGAAAAAUUUGUAAAUCACACAGUUGUUGUAUUUACAGGAAAAGAUACACUUGUCGCUGAUGAACAAACUUUAGAGGAUUAUAUAUCUAAGCUACCGGAACCAGUGAGACAAAUGAUUGCGUCCUGUAAAGGGGGUUUUGUUGCUAUAUCUAACAGAGGUAAACGUGAUGAAAGGAAACAGGCGGCAGAAAAUAUUAUCAGCAUGGUCAAAGAAGUUGUCAAAAAAAAUGGCGGAGAGAGUCAGUAUUACAGCACUGCGUUGUCUGUUGAGAUAUCUAAGAUGGUUGCAGAAAACAUGGAAGAAAUUCUGAAAGCAAAUGUUAAAGUCAAUGAAAAAAUUAGACUGGUAGAACAAGAAAUGGAAAGAUUAUCUGGAGAAGACCAACGCAUACAAAAAAGACGUGAAGAAUUCAAGAGAACAAUUGGCGAUUAUAGGAAGGAACUUAUCGACGGGGCUACUGCUCGAAAAAAAGCCGGUGAGAAAACACAGAAGAAAUGGUUUGGCAGCAUAUCAGCUGCGGCUACAGGCACCAUUAUCGGUAUUAUAUCAUUCUUAAUUUUGCAAAAAAAAUAAUUCAUCAGUUAAUCAAUUUGAGGACAACAUAUUCAUUUAUAUUCAAUUGGCUUUUUUAAUCUCUGUCAUCGAAGAAUUAAAUCUCUUUUUACUUUGAGACCAAAAAUCUUUGGGAAACACUUUACUUUAAUCCCUGGAUACUAUCCUUGAAUAGGACGAAAUUAGUCAUUUGUACACGCAUUUUAGGAAAAGAAGAACCGUUUUGAAAAACAACGAUUAGAAGCAAAAGUAAAGAUAAAAUAAAAUAUUUUUUUCUCCGAAGAAAUGGUUUUGAAUUUGCAUUGUGAGAAGAUAGAUUGUUUUAUAAAUAACACGCAACCUAGAAUCAUUACUGAAUGAAAAGUUAUUCGUGAAUAUAAACUACAGCUUGACGAGAUUGAUUGUUCUGUAAAAUAACAUUUAACAUAGAAUCAUAACUGAAUGACAAGACGUUCGUAUGAGUUAACUAUAGCUUGAGAAGAUAGAGUUUCUUGUAAAGUAACAUGUAACCUAGAAUAAUUUCUGAAUGAAAGAUAUUUAUUUGUGUAAACUAUAGACUGAGCAGAUAGAUUGUUUUUUUGUAAAAUAACACUUAACAUAGAAUCAUUAUUAAAUGAAAAAUUAUUCGUAUGUGUUAACUAUAGCUUGAAAAGUUUUUUGUAAAGUAGCAUGAAACCUAUAAUUAUAAAUAAUUGAAAAGAUAUUCCAACGUGUUAACUAUAGCUUGAGCAGAUACAGUCUUUUGUAAAAGAACGUGUAACCAAGAAUCCUUUCUGAAUGAAAGGAUAUUCUUAUAUGUUAAUUUGAUUGAAAAAGCUUAUAUCUUAAAAAAAUACACUUUUUCAACAACAGUAUUCAAACAAAGUAUUACUUACACAAUUGGUUUUCAUUUCUGUU